UUCUUAGCUUGCAUAGCAAUGUGGAAUUUACAAACAUGACCAGUUGACAGGAUAUUUCAGUUUAUUUCCAGAAUGUCACAGCUUAAAGCAAGUCUCGCGUUAAUAGUGUGUGUGACCAGAGCUGGAGCAGAAAUGUUGCUCGAGGCAGGAUCUCUCAGGACGGACAUAUUCCCGGUGGCGGAAAUGACGGAAGUCGUCAUAACUCUUCGCCUUCUGAUGUCAGUAAUGACAUGAAUGUGUAGUAAACAGCGCCGAAAUGAGUACAAACGCCACUUCUUCACGUGCAUGUCCGACUUGCGAACGAUGCUCGCACGCGUCCAGACGGAGAACAUGAUGAAAGUAACGGGAAUCGGGUCAAACAAACAGGAGGAAAAAGACCGGAAGCUCCGGGCAGUACAGGGUUAAACGGAGCGGUGUGGUGAAUGUGUAGAGCUCUACUGUAGUGCACCACACACAGCCAAUGGGAUGCGCGCGCUGCACGACUCGAGCAAGGAUUUUUCGCGUUCGUACGCGGGAGUAAAGCUGACACGGAUGGAUUUGUUCGCGUUAUGAGGCGUCAUGGAGCAUUGCGUUAUAAGCGCGGCGUUAAACGGUGAAGCGGAGACGCGGAAAAGGUCCAUUACCACUACCACCUUUUAUUCUUACAAAUGGAUCGUUCCUCAACCAAAAGAGUACUGAUUCGAAGAGUAUUUUGGCUUUUGCCAAAUAACAUACAGCCUCAACGAUGAAUUCAAACAGCUUGCAACAAAAUUUCAUCUUGUUUCUCGAAAAGUCAAAAGACUCUAAAGAGGUACCCAGAAACCUUAAUGGACGCCUGUGUUGCGAAAAAUGCCGCUUUUCAACCAAAGACAUUGCACUUUUUGAAAGACACAUAGCUCAGCAUGAGGAAGUGACCUUCUCCUGUACCAUUUGCAACCACAUCUCCUACUCGAGGGUUGAAUCUCAACGGCAUCUUGUUAAACACAAAGGGUCGUUCCCCUACAAGUGCAAUUGGUGCUCUUACGGCGCAGUCAGGAGGGACUACAUGGUAAAACACAUUCAGAGGAUACAUGGGAAGUCUGCAGAUGGAAUCUUUGCAAAUGACUGUACUAAAAAAAUUGAAGGGACUAAAGGGCUGGGCCUGUCUGAACCAAGAACUUUGAGUGGACCUUCACACGAUGUAAAAGUUGUGAGCCAUUCUGCAGGAAAUGUGUCUGGUCUGCUUUCUAGUGCGAGUCAAACAAGACCGAGUGCACCAUAUCGUGUUACAAGUACUACUUGCAGUCUACCCAUGAUUAAGCCUCAACCCUACAUUGUGACUAGUACUACCCAAACUGUAUGUAAAGUUACACAAGGAAUCAUUAAUCCACCACACGUCAGUACUAAAGAAGCAAUAGAAUACAUUAAAAAAAGGAGUGAAAAAACAUCCUUGGAAAAGACUACUGUAACAAGUGCACUUCCCAGAGUUCAUAUUGGCAUCUCUGGAGAUCGUUCAGUUCAGCAAAAGCCACCGCUUCAGAGCCAUGUGGUAGGCACCACAGAAAAGACGGCAACCGAUUUCAAAACCAUGCCGAAAUUACAAGCUGGAACUCCAGUCAGUAAUAAUAACCAUCUCAAGACACUUCUCAGCAACCAACGUGAAGCUCCAGUAGCGCUUCUCAGCAACCAACGUGAAGCUCCAGUAGCGCUUCUCAGCAACCAACGUGAAGUUCCAGUAGCGCUUCUCAGCAACCAACGUGAAGUUCCAGUAGCGCUUCUCAGCAACCAACGUGAAGCUCCAGUAGCGCUUCUCAGCAACCAACGUGAAGCUCCAGUAGCGCUUCUCAGCAACCAACGUGAAGCUCCAGUAGCACAAAUGCCAGUUACUUCUGGAGCUGUACAAAAUAUUCCAGUGGCACAUGCAAUACAAUGGUCCGUUCCAUCUUCAGCUAAUCCCACUGUCCUUGUUGAUGGAUUCCGACAGGGAAUACCGUCCAUAAAACAUGUGGCUCAGCCACCAGGGAAAAACAGUCAACACAAAGCAAGGCCUAAUAUCCUUGUGAGGACGCCACCUAUGACUGUUGAGUCAAGUACAAAGUCAGGUGUACAAGUGGGAUUGUUAUCAACCUUAAACCAGCCCAGCCAACACAACAGACCCUUGAUGGUAUCAGGUCCUGAAGAGAGAAACCCUCCCAGGUCCAGUGUUCAAGUGGAAUUGUUAGCACCUUUAAACCAGCCCAUACAACACAACAAACCCUUAACGGUAUCAUGUCCUGAAGAGAUUACCAUCCCAGCUGGAUGCCUUGUUGAAUUGGUGGAGGUGAAAAACGUCAAUGGUACACGUGAACUGGAGCUUCGGCUAGUGCCACAGCAGCUUUCUGGACCGCAACAGAAGGACUUAAAAAGUACUACUGUAACUUCUGCAACAAGCAGAUUGUCCUUUAAAUGUAGAGUUGCGACAGAUGAUAAUCAAUCAGUGAACAUGAACCAUGACAUCAACACCCCAAAGGCAAAUGCCAUUCCUGAGCAUCUAGUCCAGCGAUCACAUCUAAAGAGUCUUUUAGCAGAUGACAAAGUAUAUCUAAAAAAUGACACCGAGGUGAACGGGACAGUGCUUUCUUCCAGGAAAAAUGGGACAGGAUCUUCAAGCAAAUGGUUGCACGCUCUCUCAAGAUCAGUAGCGUCUAACCCUUCAGAACCACAUGACUUUAUGCAAUGGCUGCGUGCCGAACAAAAAAAAGUUGCGACAGAACCAGUUAAGCCACAGUCUCGCAUGCACUACCCAAUCAAAAACAUUUCUCCACAUGCACGCAAGAAGAACAGUACGGCUAAAGGGCUUAAAUAUAAGCGCAGAGCUGCUCAACCACCAGCAGACAAACAGGAAGAUACAGAACUGAGUUAUCAAGGACUCCCUGUGAUUUCAUCGGUCUUUUCACUCUGCCCCAUUCCCCAAGAAACUCCGAGCCACAUUCACACCAUAGAAGCUGAGACCCAGAUAUCAGUAGUUUCAGAAUCGAAAGAAAGCCCAAACACCACUGACAACCCAAGAGUCUGUAGACCAACCAUGAAAACAGAAGAUGAAGCCAGACUGUUGACUGAUGGUCAACUUGCUGAGAAAAAGGUUGAGACUUUAGAAGAACCCAAAGUGUCUGAAGAUAUAGUGAAAGAAAAGCUAAACCCUGUGGAAGAAAAGACAUUUGCAAGCGAUGACGAGGACAAGAUUUCAUCAAAACUCUGUAGCUCUUCAACUGAUGCUCUAAAGACAGACCCAUCAUCGAGUAUGAACAGUUCAUCGGGAAGCAUGAGCGAUUGUUCCUCACAACAUGAAAAGAUGGAGACAACAAAUUUGGAACCAGAAAAGAGCUGCCUUGCACAGAAUGACAGUCCUGUCGCUUCGAACAUGAAUCCUACAGUAGCUUUGAUCAGAAUGCCAAGCUUGGAAUUUUUUUCCCUGUCCGAAUCUGCAACUAAAGAGAAACGAGACAGCGAGGAAAGCGUAACUGCUCGUCCCGUCGUCUGCUGCACAUCGAACCAGCAGAACCUACAAGAAAGGACGAUUAAACUGGUCUUAAAAAGAAAACGCUCGGAAACUAGUACUUCUCAAGACGGAAGAAUAGACCUAGUAUGCAUUGAUCUACCCCCUAAAAACAAGAAACAGAAAAGGGCUAAGAAACACAAGUCCUCUAAAGACCAACAUCCGGGGAACGCUACCAUGGAAAGCACGUGCUUAACGCCGCUGAAAGAUGAUCAACUAAUCAAACAUCCAGGACCGAAUCAACCUGUGGUGGUUCUGAACCAUCCAAAUCCACACGUCUGGAUGGUCAGUAUGAAAGACCAACAACGUAGAAGCUCAACUCCGGACCUCUCUAAUCAGGAUGGAACCAUCAUGUCCAACCCUGUGAGGACGUGUCCUGCUUUUAAAAUGACACUGAAAAAAGUCCAGGGACAGAAGUAUCAGGUCACCGAGCUUCUUCUGAAAGGUGUCUUUGAAAACACAGUGCUAUGACAAAAAUCUGUUUUUUAAGAAACGUUGUUUUUUAACCAUGUUCGUCGUACAUUUCUCCUCCAUCUCUACACCUUUUGGUAGUGCUUAAUGUAGAUCUUUUACAAGCUACAUAGACGCUGCAUUCGGUGUUGUAGGAUGUAGCUGGGUUGGAACAACAGGCUCUAAGGGAGUUUGCAAAAACUAGUAUUGGAAUGAAGCGAAACACUUUUUAAAACAAAAAAACCCAGUAUUUUUUAGUGUUAUCUCUUGGAACUUGAUGACCAUUUAUUGUUCCUUACUUCAAAAUCUCUGUAAUAGUUCUUCAAGGGAUUCCUAAUCUGGAGUAAAUCUAGAAUAAAUUGUUAACACCUAUACAGGAAAAAGCCCUUAUGUUUGUAUAUAAAGGAGUCUGUUUUUUGUUUUUUUUGUAUAAGGAAGCAUUUUUUUUGUACAUUUGACUAAAAUCGACUGUCAAAUAUUCCUCUUGCGAAUAUUGGAAUAUUAACUUAACCACAGAAAAGAUAUUCAAUUUGUUUUCGGACUCCGUGUUAGAGUUUCGAGAGCGCUCCUUAAAUGCUUUAUGUGUGUGUGUGUGUGUGUGUGUGUGUGUAUAUAUAAUAUAUUUAUAUUA